AUGCCUCUCCCACAGCUCGUUAGCCCAAUUUUAAUUGGCAUGUGCGAUCAAGGAAAACAAGCCCCAGCGUUACUAAUAGAUGAAUACAGUGAUACGAGCCCAGCUGUAAGGAACGGAGAUACGAGCCAACUGAGGGAGUGCCAGCCACAAGGUCUGGGCUACGAGGUUCGAAUAAAGCGGUGCAGGAAUUAUUACGAAAUUCUGGGAGUUGAGAGAGAUGCCAGCGAGGAGGACCUGAAGAAAGCCUACCGGAAACUGGCCCUGAAGUUCCACCCUGACAAGAACCGAGCUCCCGGAGCAACGGAGGCUUUUAAAGCAAUAGGCAAUGCUUUUGCAGUUUUGAGCAACCCUGAAAAACGACUGCGGUAUGAUGAAUUUGGAAGCGACCAAGAGAAUGUCAACGCUGGCCAGGCCAGGCACUAUAAUUAUUACACAGAAUUUGAAGCAGAUAUCACACCAGAAGAAAUAUUCAAUGUUUUUUUUGGUGGGCACUUUCCUACAGGAAAUAUCCACAUGUUCUCAAAUGUAGCUAGAGAUGCUCACUAUUAUCCACGGCGGCACCGAAAUGAGAGAGCAUGGACACAGGAGCAAGAGGAGGAAGAAAACAGGCCACAGAACUCAUAUUCUGCAUUUAUUCAGUUGAUGCCAGUUUUCAUAAUAAUAAUAGUGUCUGUUAUAACUCAGCUGAUGGCAACUAACCCACCCUACAGUCUAUUUUACAAAUCGUCCAUAGGCCAUGUUAUUAGUAGAGAAACAGAGAACUUGCAGGUGCCUUACUAUGUUGAUAAAAACUUUGAAAAGAAUUAUCAAGGAGUAGAGCUUCAAGAGCUAGAAAAAACUGUUGAAAAAGAUUACAUAGACUAUAUUCAGACCAGCUGCUGGAAGGAGAAACAGCAAAAAUCUGAUUUGUCAAAUUUGGCCAAGUUAUACAGAGAUGAACGAUUAAAACAGAAAGCAGAAUCACUGAAACUUGAGCACUGUGAGAAGCUCUCCAGUCUGAUUGGAAUGCACAAAGGGGGCUGACCAGGACAUACACGUUCUGUGGUUUUAUUUAUUGCUGUUUUAACUUAUGUUUUUAUUUUCCUUUGUAUAAGAAGGGAAGGAGUCUGUUGUAAAGAGUCUGAAUACUUGAUUCCUUCAUAUAGUGCAGAGAUGGGCAAACAGGAGCUGCACAGCUAGUGUUUGCUUUAACAUACUGUACGUUACGUUUGGUUCUAAGGACCAGUGGCACUUAGUGUAAAUUAAUUCCCUGGGAAAUGCUAUUCCGUUUGAAACCUGUCUUCAUGGUAGUUUGUCUGCCAUCCAAACAGUGUAUACUUCCCAGGAGAGUAGCGAUACUGUCCCAUGCUUUCUGUAUUUUAUAUGGACCCGCAGUUCACUCGAUCAUACAGUAUAGUUCUCAGCAUUAAAGUGUGCUAGCCUUUUCAUAAUGAUCUCAAGUGGUUGUCCUUGCUUCUACAGUGGUUUGUAAUGAGAAUUUAGAUUGAAAGAGGGUGUAUUUCUUGUUCUAGUCUAAUGCUUAAUUGAGAAGUAUCAGGUACCUGCUGCAGGUAAGCUUUGGAGCACGUUUCUAGCUCUCCUUAACGUCAAAGGCACUUGACCGUAUGCUUGUCUGACUGAAGAUCCACACGUGUCCGAUUCCUUAAUGAGGAAGCAAGCUGAGAUUGCAACAGGAAAACUGAACAAGAAGAGGAGAGUCUGUGAAUUGGACCGAUUCCAAUGUCUGCCAACUGUAGAGAAAGGACACCGUAUUUAUUUUCUCAUGUGUUCUCAGUGGCAUAUUUUUAAGCUGGCUGUUCAGUUCUGAUUUUAUUUGCAAACUCUUCUCCAGCUGUUACAGAGUUUCUGCUUGCUGGUACAGUUUCGAUGUAGCAUAUUUUUACUCUGAGCAGUUAUGAAUGUUUCACUGUAGAGAUUAGUAUUGCAAAGAAAAAGAUCUGUGUAGUAGUUUCCUGUUUUUUCUGAAUCCUCCUUUACAAAACCAGACGUUUCAGGAAGGUUGAGGAUGGGUUAUGCUCGUAAGCAGCAGAGAGCAGGGUAUUACUCCAGUUGAGCAUCGUUAAGCUCCUGAGCCAGUGUCUCUGAUGCUGUGUCACUAGCGUGUACCACACCAGCAGCAGCAUCUGGUUUACCUGGCUCAGAUUAAACCCACCUGAACAAACCUGCUUGUGGAGAUUCUUCAGUCGUGCUCUUGCCAGUGAGAUCAGAAGAAAAUGGGCAUGGCCGGGAUCCUGUGCAACAAUUGAAUUUUUGAUUCCUUUUACUUGGGCAUAACUUAGAGAAGUCCUAGUUCUGCCCGUUCCAGUAGGCAAGCCUGUACAGAGCACAGGAAGAUCAGGGCUCUGCGCAGGGAAGCUUCAACCUGUUCUGUUUCUGAACGCGCACACACACACACACACGUAGCUGUACCCUAAACUUCACUCUCUAUACUACUUCUUUUCAAAAUAGUAGGAGGAAGGCACUUUUGUUUUUUACAUUUUUGAUGUACGAGAUACCUGUAAAACUUGUGGAAUGAAGUAUUCUAAGGAAUGACAUCUCCAAGCAAUAGAGGCACCGGUGGGACAGGCUUUUGCCCUCCCUCCCUCCCUCCCUAAUCUGAGGAUUUAGCAUAGUAGUAGCAGAAGCAGUAUUUACCUCUGUGACAUGUAAGUACGUGAACUGAACACGUAUCUGUUGCUGCCCCUCUUUCUAAAACUCCCUACAAAUAGUGGAGGAAGCCACAAAUUGCCUUUGCUUAAACCUAGGAAAUAAAGUUUUCAAAGGUUUUUAAAAAAAAAAAAAAAAACGAGAGCCAGAAUUAAAACUGCCUUUAAAACUUAGACUUCAGUCUCCAUGUGCCUGGGCAAGGUGCAAUCACAUACUAGUACUCCCUGCAUGUGCUGAGGACAUCCUUUUGGCAUAGUGUACAAGAUAGCUGGUACUGAGAAAGAGCGGAUUGGGACUGUAGGUACCAAAACCUGUCCCCUUGGUAUACUUGUCACAUUUAUUACAGCGGUUGGAAGUUGUAUAAAAACGAAGCUGGCAUUUGCAGGAGGAGAAGCUUUUCCGGUGAUCAAGAACAGUGGGUUGGUGCUUCUUUUGGGUUUUGAAGCUGUGGUGUGAAUUCCUCUCUGCAGACAGAUAGGUGCUUUAAACGCAAAAGUUUGGCAGAAACACCCAUAUACGCACGUCCCAUAUAUGUUCAGACCAUCACAACUACAGCAACAUUGCUGCUAUGAAACAGUAAUGAGGUUUAAAAAAAUAAAAUUAGAAAAAUAUUUACACGGAGGCCCCUUAAAAUAGCAAGUGCUUUGGUGUUAAUAUUUGCACCCCAGCUCCCCACUGGGAACUUUUGUAGGAGCACGUGGGUGAGUUUAGCACUGCUCGUCAACCACUCAAGACAGGAAGAGUGCCAUUAAAAGAAGGCACUUAAGGGUUUGAAUAGUGAGUUGUUGUGAAUCAUGUUUAGUAAGGCAUAGAUGUGAGAGUCUGUAAGGACCAAAAUGUUCAAUUUUGCUGUUCCAGAUUGAUAACGUGGCUGAAAGUAGGCUAGGCAGCUCUAAUUCUGGUAUUUACCGAUUUUGAGUGCUUAAUAUGUGUCUGUAUAAAAAGCAGCAUUCUUUUAAUGUUGCUUUUUAUAUAUUAAAUAGUCUGUAGAAUAUAUUUCAGUUAUAUUAAAGUAGUUGGACUUCAUUCCAGGUUUGUUAUUUUUCCUUCCCUUCCCUGUCAUUUCUGUUUGACUCCCAUUACUAUAAAGUGAAAUGGGGGGGAGGACCAAGCAUUAUGACUUUAUUGAACCUACGAUGUACUGUAUAGAACUUGAAUACCUGUAUUUUGCACUUACAAUAUAUUGCACCUUUCAUCCAAAGAUCUCCAUGUGCUUUAGAGAGGUGGGAGGCUACCUGUGAGAAG